UUCCCAGAUUCGAACUUAUCUUCGCUACGUGCUUCCACUAUGAGGUAGGGGAUAACCAACAUACAUGCAGACCGACGUCGACGUCAAGGCUAACUGUCUCCUAGUCUUAACCCGAUGCUACUCUCGUCCCUCGCAGCGGACAACUGCCAGCCCGUUUACACAUUCACCACAGAAACCAUCUACACCACGGUCUGGACCACCAACCUCCUAGCCGCCAACCACGAGUCCACAUGGGAAGCCACCUACACCAUCACCCAGACCAUCACCGGCAAUCCGGCCGACUACCGCCGACCGGCUUUCCCCCCUUGCUUCCUCGAGACCACGGUAGAUUGUAACCGUUGCGCGGGAGGAGAAGUAACCGUAACCAUCACCGCCCCCAGCACGGAGCAGACCCAUGGAGUCAUCAUCAACGGCAACGGCGUGGCGGCCGACCCCCAGCCGGUCCCAGUGAACGACGCCCCGGUACCGACAGACGUCGAGGCACCGCCUGCAGAAGAGGUACCUCCCGAGGAGGUGGCCGAGAUUACGGUGACGCUACUGCCACUGCCGAAUGUAUCAGAGACACCCGGGUUCUCCGAGGACGUGCCCGCAGUACCUCCCGUCACGCCUACGGAUGUGCCCGACGAGGUAUUGGAGCCCGAGACUGGCAACGAGGUGCCCCCUGGUGCGGCACCUGCCCCCGGUGAUGAAGAUGAUGAAGUCUCUGGGGCACGUGGCGGAAUUCCUCCGGCCGAGGCUGGCAUGGAGGCGUUUGUUGAGGCUGCGGCACCUUCCACCAGACAAGGACCGGGGCUGCUGUGGUUGAAGGUCGUCGUUGUUGCGGCGCUGAUACUUGCUUAAGCCCUCAGCACCCGGGGAAAUGAUAUUGCACUGAAAAUCAGGGUUGACUGGGUUUGCUGGGGAGUUGGGUGGAUGCCUUUUUUCUUCUUUUAUUUUUUUCUUCCUUUUUUUAGUGGUCGAUUGGUCUCACCCGUCAUUUAGAAGCAUAUUGUGGCGUUUUGGUA